CCCCCAUCGCCCCCCCCAGCCCCAAGCCCGGCUCCCCGGGGGGGGUCCCCACCGCUCCUCGCCCCCCGCCCCGGCCGGGCUGCGGUUCCCCGGCGCGUCCCGGAGGCGGUGGCGGGGCCGUCCCGUGCCGUGCCGUGCCGAGCCGGUCGGUGCCGUGCGAGCGCCCCUUUUGCUUUUGCUUUCUGGGUCCAGCGGGGCGAGAGCGGGGAGCGGCGGGGAGGGGACGGGACGGGACGGGACGGGACGGGAGCGGCGGCCGUCGGGGGCCGAGCGGGGCGGUGAGGCGGGCAGGACGGGUGCUUUGCAACGCUUCGGCCCCUAUUGUUCGGCCGCCCCGGGAGGCUGCUCCUCGGAGAGGCGUCCGCUUUUGCAGGGAGCUCUCCCUCCCCGCGCUGUAAAUAUCUCAACAGAUGCUCGGCUCGCUCCUAAUCAGCUCGGUUCCUCGGCGGCCAGCGCGGCGGCAGCGGCAGCGGAGCGGCAGCAGGGAAUUAGCGCCGGUUCUGCGGGCUCCCCGCAACAUUUGGCUCCUUUUUCCAGAAAGGAAAGAUGGAAAAGGGGAGGGAUCGCCCGUGAGGCUGACUGACGGUUUACAUAAUGAGCUUGCGAGGAUGCGAGGCAACUAUAUAAACAGCUCGGAGGGAAGCGAGUUUUCCAUUUACCGAGCGCUGUUCGCACCAGUCCAAGGAGGAGCGGUCCAACACUAAGCACUCCCCUUCGCGUCUCUCCCCAAACCCACCCGGCUUUGGAGUUUACAAAGGCGCCAGGAGCGGUCGGAGCUCGGGGGUUGGCUGCAGGAUUUCAUUCCCAGCAGGGGACGGUCUCACCCCACACCUGGAUUUUUACCUCCCGCUUUCUGCCGCUGCUCGGGGAAUACUGGCGAGGGCGGGUCGCGCUGCGAGGGGCGCCCACCCGGACCCUUUGAGGAAUACAGGAGGAAAGCUAAACCCUGGGAGAGCUGGAAGCGCCGCUUCCACGAGGAUGACAGCCUUGCGCAGCUUUGGCUUGACGUUUCUGUUAAUGGUUUUGCAGCAGGGGGUGGCCGGCUCCGGCGUCUUCCAGCUGGAGCUGCACGAGUUCGUCAACAGCCACGGGUCGCUGGCCAGCGGCAAGCCCUGCGCCCCGCACUGCAGGACCUUCUUUCGCGUGUGCCUCAAGCACUUCCAGGCGGUGGUCUCCCCGGGGCCCUGCACUUUCGGCAGCAUCAUCACCCCGGUUCUGGGGACGAACUCCUUCAGCGUCAAGGACACGGAGAAAUUUGACAGCCCCAUCAAGCUGCCCUUUAACUUCACGUGGCCGGGAACCUUCUCGCUCAUCAUCCAGGCCUGGCACGCUCCCGCCAACUACCUGCCGCAAGGCUCCCAGCUGCCGUCCGAGGACUGGCUCAUCAGCCAGAUGGCGAUCCAGCGGUCGCUGGCGGUGGGCGAGGACUGGUCGCAGGACGUGCAGAAGGGCCCGCUGACCCAGCUGCGCUACUCCUACCGGGUGGUCUGCAGCGAGAACUACUACGGGGACAGCUGCUCGCGCCUCUGCAAGCGCCGUGAUGACCGCUUCGGCCACUACGUCUGCGAGGCUGAUGGCAGCCUGGCCUGCCUGCCCGGCUGGACCGGAGAGUACUGCACCGAGCCCAUCUGUCUGUCUGGAUGUACUGAACAGAAUGGAUAUUGCAACAAGCCAGGAGAGUGCAUCUGUCGUCCUGGCUGGCAAGGCCGCUACUGCGAUGAAUGCAUUCCCCACAUAGGCUGCCGCCACGGGACCUGUAAAACACAGUGGCAGUGCAUUUGUGACGAAGGAUGGGGUGGCCUCUUCUGUGAUCAAGAUCUGAACUACUGUACUCACCACAAACCGUGCAAAAAUGGAGCAACUUGCAUGAACACCGGCCAGGGCAGCUAUACGUGUUCGUGCAAACCUGGCUUUACCGGCGUUGACUGCGAACAUGAGAUCAGCGAGUGUGACAGCAAUCCCUGUAGGAACGGCGGUAGUUGCACGGAUCUGGAGAAUGGUUAUCACUGCCUCUGCCCCCCUGGCUACUACGGGACUCACUGUGAGCACAGCGCUUUGACGUGUAUCGAUUCUCCAUGCUUUAAUGGUGGCACAUGCUUGGAAAAAGAACAAGGGGCCAGCUACACUUGCGUUUGCCCUUUCGGCUUCACGGGGUCGAACUGCGAAAAAAAAGUAGACAGGUGCACAAGCAACCCAUGUGCAAAUGAUGGUAAUUGCUUUUACCUUGGUCAGAUUCACGUGUGUCGUUGUCGGCCUGGUUUCUCUGGUAAGAAAUGUGAGAUAAACAUCAAUGACUGUGCCAGGAACCCAUGUUCCAAUGGGGGAACUUGUCACGACCUGAUCAACGAUUACACCUGCACAUGUUUGCCAGGCUAUAGUGGCAGGAACUGUGACAUCAAAACCAGAGAUGAAUGUGCUUCUGGGCCAUGUGAGAAUGGAGGCACUUGCUACAGUGGACUUUAUAGUGCCAACUUUGUCUGCUACUGUCCUUCUGGCUUCAUGGGCAGCCGCUGUGAAUUACCAGUUUAUUCAGUGCCCAUUACACUUCCUCCUAAACCAGUCCCCUGGAUUGCCAUAUCCAUGGGAGUGGGGCUGGUGGCUUUGCUCAUACUGUUCUGCAUGAUAGCAAUGGUCAUCAGGCAGAUGAGGAUGCACCCAGAGCAGGACUUGGAGACGAUGAACAACCUGUCUGACUUCCAGAAGGACAAUCUCAUUCCAGCUUCCCAGCUCAAAAACACCAACAAAAAUAAAGACCUCGAAGUGGACUGUGGGUUGGAGAAGUCAAACUACAAACCCAAGAAUCAUAAAUUGGACUACAAUCUGGUAAAAGACCUAACAAGUAGAGGGACACAGGAAGAUAAAUAUUACAAAAGUGAAAAGUGUUUAGGAGACAAGUCUCCACUUCGACUACAUAGUGAAAAGCCGGAAUGUAGAAUAUCAGCGAUAUGCUCUCCAAGGGAUUCAAUGUACCAGUCCGUCUUUGUGAUAACAGAAGAAAGGAAUGAGUGCAUCAUAGCCACAGAGGUAUAAGACUGAAGAUCAGCCCAUUUGCACCUCAGAUUUGGUAAUGCCAGUAGAUGGACGUUCCUGCUGCAUUGUUUACAAUUCAGAACUGGAUUGGACUGUUUUUAAUUACAUGCAACUUGCUGCUCUCAGGCGGAGGAUGGAACUGGGUGAACUGGACAGACUGUGAAUUUACUGAAAGAUGCAAUACACCUUUUUGUUCUUACUGCCCUUGUUUGAAGUUUGAUACCAGAAAUCUCACUGGCUAUAGAAGAAGGGAGGCAGAGGGAAGAGAGAGGGGUUAAAAUGCUUAUGUUUUGACUUGCUUUUAAAAGAUAUUGAGGCCAGUUCCUCAUGGACAGACCUGUGGCUUUCCAGAACUCUGGUUAUGGGAGGUGCUGGUAGAGGAGGAGGCACUUAACUAUCACAGACGUUGCCACGGAAGGUGUGAAGAAAGACACAUUGCUAUGCAGAUAAUGGAUACAGUAUAAAUGAGGUCUCCAUUUUUUUUCCGGGUUUAAAAGUGCCUAAAAUGUGUCAAGAGAAUCUAACAAGCCCAAACAGAGACUUGACUGCUCCUUCUGCAGUUACCUGAACAGUAUUGGGCAGGGGUGAUUGACACUUCUUGCUACACAUCAGUUUGCGUCUCCUCUCUCCUGCUGCAUGUACUGGAGACAGUUUAAGGGGCAAGAGGAGGAAGGAAAGAGGGAUACUGAAUUUACGUCAUCUCAUUUGGUGAUGCUUUGGAGAACUGAUUGACCCAAGCCACAAUAUGGGACGGGAUUUUCAUGGAUUUAAGCAUCCAAGAAGGGAAAGUUGCGAUAAGGAAUGUCUACUGCCUGUUCCCUAUUGAUAAUGAGGAGAGACAUGAUCCCAGUUCUAUUUAAAGCCUUACAAAUGCGUUUUAAAUCAAUCAGCUCCUAGAACCUAAACAUGCUGAGCUGUCUCAGCUGUUUUCAUGCCCUUUGCACUACCAGUGAUUGUGAAUAGACAUUAUUUUUUUUCUUCUCCUUCCUCAUUCUCUCCCCCACCCCCUUAUUCUGACACAAAUUUGGGGGUUUAUAGCGUGUUUCUGAAUUAGCUGCCACCUACUGCAAAUAGUCUCAAAGUUGCAGCUGUUACUUUCUGAAGGAGAAGCAGCAGUGUCAUCCCUGUAUUUCUCUGUCUGGUUGCAGAUCUCUGCUUCUGUCCCUCACCCUGGUUCCAAAUGCCCAAUAGCAAAGCACCCACUGAGAGGCCCUCUGCCAAGACGGGUGGAGAUUAGAGUUAGAAGGUCCUAGGCUAGUCCUGUUCCUUUCUUACCCCCCACUUCUACAGGGAAAAGAGGAAGCCAGCCCCUGGAAAACAGAGGCCUGAAGAAGUGGGGCGGAAUGAGGAGGGAGGAAACAAAAUCUCUUCAAAGAAACCUGGACCGUGCUAUCUCUCGGACAGCAAUGUUCCUGCCCUUGUAAAGCCUGUUGUUGGACUAGCCCAUCUAAUGCCUUGACCUGUGCAGACAAGACUCUUCAUAAUGUCCACUACUGACCUUCUGCUCUGACUGUGUAGGACCAUUUUGAAGAUGACCUUCAGAAAUCAAUAAUAUGGGUUUUAGUUUGUCUGUUUGUAGUUUAUUUUGAAGACUAGUAUUUCAGUAAUUUAAAAAAAUCAGAAGCACUGAACUUUCUACGUUUUAUAACAUUAUUUUGUAUAUAAUGUAUAUUUAUAAUCAAAACAGAAGUGUAAAUAUGUUUAUUACUUCUCAUGUAAUGUUUUUAAUGUGAUGACAAAGUUUGAAUUUUAUUUUUUUUUUCAAGCAAUGAAAAUACUUUCCUGCUA